UGCAUUCCUCUGCUGGAGUCGCCUGCUGCUGCAGAUCUGUCAAUGUGAUUUUAUAAGUGGAUCUACAAAAUUAUUCUAAAGAAAAACUUUGCUUUGUGACAGUAAUGGACGCACACGAAGAGAAACGCUUAAAAGAGCUGCUAAAUGAGAAAGAAAGCGAGAUUGUGGCUCUAAAGAAGAGAUUGUCACAUUUUGAAAAGAGUAAAAGUAUUACUCAGGAGCUGUUUGAAAAGGUGAUGCCUCUUACUGCCUUAGAAGCCAAAGCUUCACUUACCAAUGAAGAGAUCAUGCGCUACAGCAGACAGCUUAUUCUCCCUGAGUUUGGUGUUCAAGGCCAGCUAAACUUGUCCAAGACCUCAGUGUUGGUUGUGGGCUGUGGAGGGCUGGGCUGUCCCCUGGCUCAGUACCUUGCAGCUGCAGGCAUAGGACGCCUAGGUCUGCUGGACUAUGAUGAGGUCGAGCUUAGCAAUCUUCACAGACAAGUGCUUCAUGGCGAGAAGAACCAGGGACAAGCGAAAGCUUUGUCAGCAUCGUAUUCUGUUAAAAGGCUGAACCCAACUGUGGAGUGUGUCCCCUACCAUUUGCAACUAUCAUCUGAGAAUGCCUUGCAACUUAUUGAACAGUAUGACAUUGUGGCAGACUGUUCAGACAAUGUCCCUACACGCUAUUUGGUGAACGAUGCAUGUGUUUUAAGCGGAAAGCCGCUUGUGUCUGCAAGUGCUCUGAGGAUGGAGGGUCAGUUAACAGUUUACAACUAUAGUGGAGGCCCAUGCUACAGAUGUCUCUAUCCUGUACCUCCACCCCCAGAGACAGUUACUAACUGUUCAGACGGAGGGGUGUUGGGAGUAGUUCCAGGUAUAAUGGGGUGUUUGCAAGCGCUGGAGGUUCUCAAGAUUGCUUCAGGACAUGGUUCUUCCUGUGGCCAACAGCUUGUAAUGUUUGAUGCCUUGGAGACCAGGUUCAGAUCCAUCAAGCUCCGCCCCAAGCAGGCCAACUGCGCAGUUUGUGGAGAGAACCCCAGUGUUACCCAACUUGCAGACUACGAAACCUUUUGUGGAUCAGCUGCAACAGAUAAGUGUCAAAAGCUCAACCUCCUCUCCAGAGAUCAACGAAUCACAGUAAAGGAAUAUAAAAGCGUAUUGGACAGGACUGACCCCCAUAUUCUGUUGGAUGUGCGUCCUGAUGUGGAGGUGAACAUAUGCCAUUUGCCCUUUUCUCUCAACAUCCCACUCUCAAGUUUAGAGGAAAGGAAGAGUGAUCAGAUCCAGUUACUAAGGGACAGAAUCAGCCAGUUGAAACAGCAGAUGGCAGGUGACUGCCAGCCUGCAGUGUUUGUGAUCUGUAAAAUGGGCAAUUUCUCCCAAAAGGCCGUGAAAGUAUUGGAAGAAAUGAGUGGAUCAGAAGUGGACCAAAUCACAGUGAAAGACAUUUGUGGCGGUCUCAUGGCCUGGGCGAACAUAGUGGACCCAACUUUUCCACAGUAUUAAGAAUGCAAAAGAUUUGAUUUCAAAUAUAUUUUCUCCACUUAAACAAAUUAAUCUAUGUUGUUUU